AUGAUAUUAUUCACCAGACUGGAAGGAGGAAAAAGAGUCAGUCAGCCAAACAAUAACCAGUCAGGUUUUGAUAUUUUGGCAAAUUACCAGAAUUUUGAAAAAUACCAGUCAGCUGCCAGCGUCACUGGUCGGGUGAAUCAUCGUUCUCCAAUUCGUCCAUUCUUCUGUUGUGGAAGCGAACUUUCUUUGUCCAGUAUUGUGGAACUGCAUGAAUACAAACCCACUUCAUCAUCAGCCUCUUCCUCUGCAGACGAACACUGUUCCCACUUGGGCACGCACAUCUCUUCACCUGACGAUGAUGAAGAGGAAGGUGGGAAGCAUGCAGAGGGUCAUUUGUCCUGCCAGCAGUGUAGCCAUUUAUGUAACGUUGACAUUGAGCCUGCCACUGGGGAGAGGCGCUGGGGUGAAGGAGCAGCAGACAGUAGCCCCCCGCCUAAAAGCAAACAAAAGAAACCAUGGUCAAUGAAGCUCCGUAACAAAUUACCAAAGGCACGUUACAUGGACUAUCGACUGUCCCUUAAGGAGUCACCACAGCGUUUUAAUGAUUGCAGUGUUCAAGGUGCGACUUGUGUUAAUUUUGACACCUGCGCGCACCAUUUGCUGCUGACACACUCUCAGCCUUCGUCCACUGCCUCUUUCCAUCUUUCUUCAUCCAACCAGUGCUCUCCGACACCAGUUCGUUCCUCAAAAGGAAGACAUCGGAAAAGGCAGAAAAAAAAUAGCAUAGCAAGUGUUGCUUUCCAGCAACGACAUUUGUCCUCGAGGCAGUUGGAAAAUUUGUCAAAUAUUACUGAUGUACAAAUUAGCUCAAACAGAAAUAGAAUUGGCCAGCAGCAUGUUUUGCGUGAACCUGUUGACAAUGGCCUUAACAGAAAUACUCCUUGGACUUGUCAAAACUUGUGUGCUGUAUCACCUUCCUCAUCUACUGAUCAAUUCUGUUCGACAUUCAAACGUAAUUGUUCUGUUCAAAGUGUAUCUGGCUCUUAUAAACCAUUCUCCCUCAAGUUUAAUGAUGAAGAAGAAUUUGAAAAUUCCCAAAUUAUGGACUAUUCCACAUUUAACACUCCUGAAGUUACAUUUCAGCGUAUCCACAGUCGGGUGGAGUUCACACAUUGUUUAGUACCAGAACUGCAACAGAUUGCCAAUUGUAGUUUUUACUGGGGUGUUAUGGACAGGUACGAGGCCGAGAAACUCCUUGAGAACAAAGCCGAGGGGACAUUUCUUUUACGUGACAGUGCCCAAGAAGAUUUUCUCUUUUCUGUCAGUUUCCGUCGUUAUGGUCGUUCACUCCAUGCUCGCAUUGAGCAGUGGAACCAUAAGUUUAGUUUUGACUCUCACGACCCUGGUGUGUAUGCAGCACGAACUGUAUGUCAUUUGAUAGAACAUUAUAAAGAUCCCAGUUGCUGUAUGUUUUUCGAGCCAAUGUUGACUCUGCCUCUUAACCGGACAUUCCCUUUUUCACUUCAGCAUUUGUGCCGGGCUGCCAUAUGCAGUCUUAUCACCUAUGACAAAGUUACCUGUUUACCUCUUCCAGCAUCGUUAAAAGAGUUUCUUCGUUAUUACCACUACAAGUUAAAGGUUAAUGAAAAGCGGUUUUGA